AUGUCUGAUUUAUUUUUGCAAGUCUGGGGCCCAACGACUGCACAGGAUGCGGCCUCAUCUACGGCAGCUGACGAUCCGACAGCAUCUCUUAGGGCUGCUGCACUUAUGACUUUGAAAUCUAAGCGUCGCAAGCAAGGAACACUGCCCGAUACCCUAUCUCGUUCAGCGGCUGUGCCUUCCCAGAGUUUUGAACUAGACUAUGGUCAAGACGAGCCUGCUGCGCCAUCAGUAUCGGUCACGGUCAAGACGGAGCCCAAGGACGAGGAUGACGCCCAGGCAAGAGAGGAGGGCGAGAUCAGCGACUCGGAGCCUCCAGCAACCCCGGUUGUGCAACCCAAACUAGGGCUCCUGGCCGAUGUGAAGCCACCUAUCAAAGAAAGCAACAAACUGCCUGCACCGCCAAAAUUGCCACCCAUCAGGACUGGAACAGCUAUCUCCCCGAAAGCUUCCGAGCCAGCAAGCAGCGUUGUUUCGACGUCCUCGAUGUCGAUGCAAUUGUCAUGGGAUACAUAUCCGUUUGUCAUCGAUGCGAACCACGUUCGGCCCGGAUUAGCUAUGACGCAGGAACAAUACGACAUGGCCAAAGACAUUGUCCUGGAUCUGCUUGGUUGGGGCGUCCCUCCUGAGUAUCUGGUUGAUUGUGGCCUCAGUCGAGAAAUCGUCUACUACGUGUUCGUAGAACUUAACCUGCGCCUUCCCCAGAACCUUGAUACUACGGGCAUUCCGCGCUACGAACCACCACCGUCUAUGCCCUCCACAAUCAUGUCCACCUCAGCCCAACGAUUAGAUACUGUAUCCGUCUAUGCUCAGCAGAACGAGUCCGCCCCUCGUAGUGAUCAGAUACCUAAUCAUUCUUCAACUAAGGCCACCGAAGUUGCCCCCCAGUCCUUGUCAGCAGCUGCGACUCCUUUUGUUCCUGGCAACGCGCCCACACCUAACCUGCUAGAUAUGGAGCAGCAGCGACGCCAGGAGCUCCUGGCUCGCAAGGCGGUUCUCACCUCUCGUAAGGCGAGACAGCAAGCGCUAGUGUCGUCAAGCGCAAGUACAUCUUCAACAGCGACCCCAGCGAUGCCUGCUCCCCCCGAGCCGCAGGACGUGAAGAUGGAUGUGGAGCCGAUUCCAACGAAAACGGUUGAAGACUUUCUGAAGACUAUCGGGCCCUCAACAGAGACGAGCAAGGCACCCAGUCCACCAUCGCGACUGAGUUCUUUUGACGACAUGGAUGUGGACGAACCGAUUCCUGGUCUUUCUGCGUCGUCUUCGUUCACCUCGCAGCCGGCGAUAUCGUUCGUACGCACUGUACCCGUCUCCUCUGAUGCGCGCGCUCCUUCUGCUGCCGCUUCCGACUCUUCGCCGCCUCGUGAACUUGUGCGUUCGCCAUCCCAGAUUACGCCUCCGAACGAGAGUGACAUGGAUGUGGACGUCGUGCCUGGCCUCAGCACAGAGCAGGCUAAGGCGAGCACAAAUGUGGCACCUUCACGUCGUGGCACCAAGCGCCCCGUGGCGGCGGAUUUCGUCGACAUGGAACCUGCCUCAUCCCGUACGCAGUUGGCGAAUGGCUUCGCUUCCUACAAUUCUCCCUACCAUCAGGCGCCUGUUAGACGUAAAACAACCGUAUUUGCGGGUCUCGGUGGGCAACGCCGAUGCGUGAUCCACUUAAGCGACAGUGAAGAUGAGGAGAUGGGAGAGGUGGAUGUCAAAUCCAAUCCAUAUCGGCCCGACUCCGUCCGGAUCGAACGACCUUCGAGUCGAAGCAUCCCAUUACAUCCAACUGCCGCUACUAGAAGGGUGUCUCCCGGUGGAACGCAUUCAGGCAGACUCUCUCCCGCUGCGCUCCAAGCCAAAGAGGAGGAGAUCAGGAAGAUGCGAGAGAUGAUCGCUCAGCGCGAGCGCGAGAGAGAGUUGAAGAAGAUAGCUCUAUCAGCACUCAAGUUUGAUAUAAGGGCACGAGGUCCACGCCCCCGACAUCGAGGAACAACACCAGGGCCAAUGCGGUAUCUGUUCCGGCCGUCAAGGUGGAGGAUGAUGAUUCUGCGGCAUCAGCUUCUCUUGCGCAUAUGCGAUCUUCUUCAACCAGCUCCAAUGGGACUGCUCAAGAUCAACAACACCCAGCUUUUCUUGCAGCGCCGCAUGAUGUACUUUCGAAUGUUUUCGAACACACUACCACGGGCGACAAAGGCGAGUGGUUACUUCAUUCCUAUCACCGUGAAGUCAACGGAACUUCACAUCAAGCACCGCUCCCUCGUGACAAACAGAGUGAAGUCGGCGUCAUCAGCACACAUGCAGAGACGUCGGCUCAGGCCUCCGUUUGCCAAGAUGAUAACCAAGACCGCGGCCGAAACACGGAAUACCCGCCUGAGUUUGCAGCUUACUCAUCUCCACUGGAUUGGUUCCCCAUGCUCCGGUUACGCAGACAGCAACAGCCUCUAUCAAAUGGUGGUCCUUCGUCAAUGCCUACUCAUGAGCACACAACAUGAAGAGGUUGCACAAUAUCUCUGCGCACACGCCAUGGCUUCGGCUGGGCCGCAACAUAAUGCCAACGAUAUCAAAAAAGCACUGGAAGAUGCGCGACGGCGCAAUCCGGCGAACAGCUUUGACGGGCGCGUCUCUGAGGCGUUGAUUUCGUUAGGACUGGGGUAAAUGCAAUGGCUCGUCCCUGGUCUCGCUCAAGCAUCCCGCCAUGGCCGGCAUCUGCCCUCCGACAUUGCUCGCUGCAUAGUGGCGAAUGUUCGUGGAGGAUACAUGAAGAGCGCGAGGCGCCACCGGCCGACAUGGGUCGCCGGGGAAAUAAGGAGGCCGAUAUGUUUUUGGGUUAGUCGCGACUACCGUCGCCCUUGAUGGCCCAUUGUCGAAGGGUGUAGCUGUCGAUGUAUUUGGAAUGGUAGUCGGACCAUGUGUAGUAUGCUUAUCACGAGUCAGUAGUUACGCGCCUCUGAUUUAGUUGUUGGUUUUUACGUUUUGCGCAAUUGUAUACAGACUCGUUUUCGCGAAA